AAGGACCCAGGAGCGAACGAGACAAGGUAUGCAGCAGGAAUCCAGGAAUCAAUUUUUGGCAGCCUUUAAGAAGAAAUGUGACUUUUAGCAUCCGCUCUGCAGGUAUAGGAUGGCUGGCUGGCACCUGAAGGGUCCCAUGGCUUUAUGGGCUUUCGUUUUCAUCCACUCCCUUUCCGGAUUUCGCAGGGAUGGGAUUUCUUUCUGGGAAAAGGAUCCCCACUUAAGUCCCGUGAACGAAACCCAGCUCUUUCUGCACGACACCUUCCCUCCCAGUUUCCUCUGGGGAGUGGGAACCAGUGCCUUUCAGGUGGAGGGGAGCCAGCAGAAGGACGGGAGAGGUCCUUCGAUAUGGGAGCACUUCCUCCGCUCCAGCCUCAGGUACCCUUACAGGACAGAGGACUGGGGUGACAGCUACACCUCCCUGGAAAAAGAUUUAGCUGCUCUGAGUUUUUUUAAUGUUUCUUCGUACCACUUUUCCAUUUCGUGGCCAAGGCUGUUUCCUAGCGGGAUGGUGGCGGCCGUCAACCAGAAAGGACUCGGCUACUACAACCGUCUCCUCGAUGCUCUCGUCCGCAAGGGCAUCGAGCCCAUCGUCACUCUCUACCACUGGGACCUGCCGUGGGAAUUGCAAGAAAGGUACGGAGGCUGGGAAAGCGACUCCCUCGUGGACGUUUUCAACGAUUACGCCACUUUUUGCUUCCAAGCCUUCGGAGACCGUGUGAAGUACUGGAUUACAAUGCACAACCCUUAUCUCAUCGCUUGGCACGGGUACGGCACGGGGCUUCAUGCGCCCGGAAAGAGGCGUGUAGCUGCCGCCUACGUGGUAGGACAUAACCUGAUCAAGGUAUGA